AUGCAUGUGUCGCCAUAUCCCAUGAUGCACUCUGCCAGUCCAGGCCUGCUCCUCCUCAGCUUCCUCUUCCUCGCUGAUGCUGACUCACCCCCAAGAUUCACACGAACCCCAGAAGACCAAACAGGAGUCCAGGGGGGAGUGGCGUCCUUUGUGUGCCAGGCCACAGGGGAUCCACAGCCUAAGAUUGUCUGGAACAAGAAAGGCAAAAAAGUCAGCAACCAGAGGUUUGAGGUAAUAGAGUUUGACGAUGGGUCCGGCUCGGUCCUGAGGAUCCAGCCGCUGAGGACCCCCAGAGACGAGGCUAUUUAUGAAUGUCACGCCUCCAAUUCAGCGGGAGAGAUUACUGCUUCCACCAGACUAAGCGUGCUACGAGAGGACCAGCUGCCCUCUGGGUUCCCCACCAUAGAUAUGGGUCCCCAGCUGAAAGUGGUGGAGCGUUCUCGGACUGCCACCAUGCUUUGUGCUGCUAGCGGCAACCCUGACCCGGAAAUUACCUGGUUCAAGGAUUUCCUGCCAGUCAACACAUCCAAUAACAAUGGACGAAUCAAGCAGCUCCGCUCAGGUGCACUCCAGAUAGAGAUGAGUGAAGAGUCAGACCAGGGGAAGUAUGAGUGUGUUGCCACCAACAGUGAUGGGACACGCUACUCCACCCCAGCUAACCUGUAUGUCAGAGUACGUCGUGUCCCCCCUCGCUUCUCCAUACCCCCAGCGGACAGCGAGAUCAUGCCAGGGGGGAACGUCAACAUCACCUGUGUGGCUGUUGGCUCCCCCAUGCCAUAUGUGAAGUGGAUGCUGGGAGCGGAAGACCUGACGCCCGAGGAUGACAUGCCCAUUGGCCGCAAUGUCCUCGAACUGACUGAUGUGCGCCAGUCCAACAAUUACACUUGUGUUGCCAUGUCAACGCUUGGUGUGAUUGAGGCAGUGGCACAGAUCAUUGUGAAAGCUCUUCCAAAGGCUCCUGGCACCCCUGUGGUGACGGAGAGAACUGCAACAAGCAUUACUCUCACCUGGGAUUCUGGCAACCCUGAACCUGUCUCCUACUAUAUCAUACAGCACCGUGCCAAAGGCUCCGAGGACCCAUAUAAAGAGAUUGAUGGCAUUGCCACGACGCGCUACAGUGUGGGCGGCCUCAGCCCUUACUCCCACUAUGACUUCCGGGUGGCAGGCGUUAACACCAUUGGCCAGGGCCCCUCCAGCGAGGUGGUUGAGGCUCGGACAGCUGAGCAGGCCCCCUCCUCCCCUCCACGACAGGUCAGAGGUCGUAUGCUGAGCACCACAACAGCAAUCAUCCACUGGGAUGAACCAGAGGAACCUAAUGGACAAGUUGUUGGUUACAGAGUCUACUACACCUCAGACAACACACUGCCAGUCAACCAGUGGGAGAAGCAGAUGGUGCGCAGCGCCAACUUCAUCACUAUCCAGGGUUUGACCCCUAAUAAGACCUAUUAUAUCAGGGUGCUAGCCUUCACCUCUGUAGGGGACGGACCUCUGUCCCAGGACCUGCAGAUCAUAGCCAAGACUGGAGUUCCAUCCCAACCUUCAGAAUUUAAGGGGGAGGCAAAGUCUGAGACCAGUAUCCUGUUGUCCUGGGUAGCACCACCCCAGGGCGGCCCCGACAACCAGAUCACAGGAUAUGAGCUGGUUUACCGACGAGCUGAUGACACAGAGGAGAAGAAAGUGAGCUUUGAGCCAACCACUUCCUACCUGUUGAAGAACCUGAAGCCUUUCUCCACGUACACCUUCCAGCUUGCUGCCAGAAGCAAACAUGGAAUUGGUGCAUAUACCAACGAAGUGUCCAUCGACACGCCACAGACGCUUCCUUCAGCACCUCCCCAGGACAUCACGUGCACCAGUCCCAGUUCUACCAGCAUCCUGGUAAGUUGGGCACCACCUCCUCUGGAGUUUCAGAAUGGCAUCAUUACAGGAUACUCCAUCCAGUACUCCACCACCGAGGGCAACAAAACAUCAAAAAGAAUUGAUGGAAUUCAUCUGGAAAGUUCUCCGUAUCUCUUGGAAAACCUAGAGAAAUGGACUGAAUAUGGCGUAACGGUACGAGCGCAGACGGAAGCUGGGGACGGACCUGAAAGUUUACAGCUGCUUAUCCGCACCGAGGAAGAUGUUCCAAGUGGUCCUCCGCGAGGGGUGGAGGCAGAGACUGUGAACGCCUCGUCCAUUAGGGUGAAAUGGCGAGCACCGGCACCUGAACGGCAGCACGGUCAGAUCCGAGGCUACCAAGUCCACUAUGUGAGGAUGAACUACGGCGAGCCUCAGGGUCAGCCUUUCAUCAAGGACAUCCUCAUAGAGGACUCACAGUGGGAAUAUGGAGAUUCAACUGAAUAUGAGGUGGUUCUUGGAGAUCUGAAGGCAGACACUUCCUACUCUGUAUCAGUAGGGGCUUACACUGCCAAGGGCGAUGGUGCUCGCAGUAAAGCUGUAACUGUCUGCACUGCCCUGCCAUUGCCUGAGAAGCCCAAACUGAUGGUGAGUGCAACGGACUCAGGCACAGCUCUGCUUCAGUGGUACCCGCCUCCUAACCCACCCACCCCACUCCUGGGUUACCGCCUCACCUUCGGCCGCGUUGACGUCCUGCCCUUUACAGUGGUGGAGUUCCCCACCAAGGAGAAUCGGUACACAGCCCAGGACAUCCACAAGGGAGCCAACUACGUAUUCAGACUCUCUUCCCGUAACAAAAUGGGCUAUGGAGAGGAGGCAGUGAAGGAGGUGACUACUCCAGAAGAUGCCCCAACUGGAUACCCAGAAAAUAUUAUCUCAGAGGAGGCUUCUGCCAACUCCCUCCGGCUGGCAUGGAAAUCAGUCCCACUAAUUGAGCAAAAUGGGAAAAUUGUGAAGUACUCAGUGCUGUACAAGGAUAUAAACAGUCGGGGAAAUGCCUCGGAAGUUGUGGUACCCACUCCAGGGUCAAGUGUUUUGUUGGAGGGUCUGAGUGCCGAUACUGUGUAUGAUGUCAGGGUGUGCGCGUUCACAGCUGUUAGCCCUGGGCCGUACAGCCCCAGUGUCCAGUUUAGGACGCAGAGGCUAGACCAAGUUUUUGCCACCAACUUCAGAGUAAAGGCUGCCAUGAAGAACUCUGUCCUGCUGUCCUGGGAGAUCCGAGACAAAAACCCUGCCCAGCCUUUCACUAUCCUGUAUGGAAAGGGCCUGUCUGUGGAAGUGGAUGGAAAGCAGACUCAGAAGCUGAUCACUGGCUUGGAGCCCGACACCCAGUACUCCUUUCUGCUUACCAACCGGGCCAACAGUGCUGGGGGCCUGCAGCACCGUGUCACCGCCACCACUGCUCCAGACAUCCUGAAAACUAAGCCCACUGUGGUGGGAAAGACCAAUGCUGAUGGCAUGGUGACUGUGCAGCUACCGACUGUGCAGACCACAGCUAAAGUCAGGGGUUACUAUGUGGUGGUUGUGCCACUGAAGAAGCAGCGAGGAGGAAAGUUCCUGAAUCCCUGGGAGGAGCCUGACCAAAUGAACAUGGAUGAGCUCCUGAAAGAGAUCAACAGGACCAGUGUCAGUCGUGCCCUCCGCAUCCGCAGACAAGCUGGCCAAUCAGAUCCCAAAGCUUAUGUCACUGCUCACUUUAAAUUCCUCCCCUUGGAGUUCACCCUCGGUGACGGGCGAAACUACGGAGACUUCCGCAACCGUCCACUGCAGAACGGACAAGAAUAUGUUUUCUUUGUGCUUGCACUGCUAGACCUCUCUGAGAAUACCAUGUUCGCCACCAGCCCUUAUUCUGAUCCCGUAACCUCAUCGGAUGUGGAUCCUCAGCCAAUCAUUGACGAGGAGGAGGGGCUGCUGUGGGUGGUGGGUCCUGUGCUAGCUGUCAUCUUCAUCGUCUGCAUUGUGAUCGCCAUUCUCCUCUUUAAGAGCAAACCUGACAGGAAAAGGGCUGAGGCAGAGGGCAGGAAGGGCAGUUUUCCCUGCAGCAAAGCCAUGUCGUCACACCAUCCCACCGAUCCUGUGGAGCUACGCAGAAUCAACUUCCAGACUCCAGGCAUGGCAAGUCACCCACCCGUCCCCAUCUCUGAGCUGGCAGAUCACAUUGAGCGCCUCAAGGCAAACGACAAUCUCAAGUUCUCUCAAGAGUAUGAGUCUGUCGACCCCGGUCAGCAGUUCACGUGGGAGAACUCUAACUUGGAGGUCAACAAACCAAAGAACCGCUACGCUAACGUCAUUGCCUAUGAUCACUCCAGGGUUAUACUCUCCAGUAUUGAGGGUGUCCCCGGCAGUGACUACAUCAACUCUAACUAUAUUGAUGGCUACCGCCGUCAGAAUGCCUACAUCGCCACUCAGGGCUCCCUCCCUGAGACCUUCGGGGACUUCUGGAGGAUGGUCUGGGAGCAGCAUACAGCCAACAUUAUUAUGAUGACCAAGCUGGAAGAGAAGUCACGGGUGAAGUGUGAUCAGUACUGGCCAACGCGGGGCACAGAGACCUACGGCCUCAUCCAGGUUACUCUGCUUGACACAGUGGAACUGGCUACCUACUCUGUCAGGACCUUCGCUCUUUACAAGAGUGGCUCCAAUGAGAAGCGUGAGGUUCGUCACUUCCAGUUCACAGCCUGGCCAGACCAUGGGGUACCAGAACACCCCACACCCUUCCUGGCCUUCCUACGCAGGGUCAAGGCCUGCAACCCUCCAGACGCAGGACCCAUGGUUGUCCAUUGCAGUGCUGGAGUGGGCCGCACAGGCUGCUUCAUUGUGAUUGACGCCAUGACGGAGCGAAUCAAGCAUGAGAAGACCCUUGACAUCUAUGGCCAUGUCACGCUGAUGCGCUCCCAGAGGAACUACAUGGUCCAAACGGAGGACCAGUACAUCUUCAUUCACGAUGCGCUGCUGGAAGCGGUGACCUGUGGGACCACAGAGGUCCCCGCUAGGAACCUGUACUCCUACAUCCAGAGGCUGACGCAGAUUGAACCUGGAGAGAAUGUCACCGGCAUGGAGCUGGAGUUCAAGCGUCUCGCCAGUGCCAAGGCCCACACAUCACGGUUUGUGAGUGCCAACCUGCCAUGCAACAAGUUCAAGAAUCGGCUGGUGAAUAUCAUGCCAUACGAGACUACUCGUGUGUGUCUGCAGCCAAUCAGAGGAGUGGAGGGAUCCGACUAUAUCAACGCCAGCUUCAUUGAUGGAUACAGGCAGCAGAAGGCCUACAUAGCAACCCAAGGCCCACUGGCCGAGACCACAGAGGACUACUGGAGGAUGUUAUGGGAACACAACUCCACCAUAGUUGUCAUGCUAACCAAACUGAGAGAAAUGGGACGGGAGAAGUGUCACCAGUACUGGCCUGCAGAGCGCUCAGCCAGGUACCAGUACUUUGUGGUGGAUCCCAUGGCCGAGUACAACAUGCCCCAAUACAUCCUCCGAGAGUUCAAAGUCACCGAUGCCAGAGAUGGCCAAUCACGGACAGUUCGCCAGUUCCAGUUCACUGAUUGGCCAGAGCAAGGAGUGCCAAAGUCAGGGGAAGGAUUCAUUGAUUUCAUUGGUCAAGUGCACAAAACUAAAGAACAGUUUGGCCAGGAUGGGCCAAUUACUGUGCAUUGCAGUGCUGGAGUGGGGAGAACUGGUGUGUUCAUAACCCUGAGCAUCGUGCUGGAGAGGAUGAGGUACGAGGGAGUGGUGGACAUCUUCCAGACUGUCAAGAUGCUGCGCACCCAGAGACCUGCCACCGUUCAAACAGAGGACCAGUACCAGUUCUGCUACCGGGCCAGUCUGGAGUACCUGGGAAGCUUUGAUCACUAUGCAACAUAA